ACAGAGCGCACCGCCUACUCUCUAUCUCACUCGUGCCGCAAUCGCUCUCACUCCAACCCUCUUGUGUCCGUUGUUGAGUGUGUGUGUGUGUGUUUUACAGGUGUGUUUUGUGUUACGGUCACGUGUUAUCUGUCCGUUUAUCCGUGCACUGAUAUUUUGCUCCCUCUGCUGUGUCAGUUGGAUUUCUGUUGGUUUUGGUCGGAAGACAAGUUUUAUUGAUUUCAUUCUUGAUAGAGUCAUUUUACAUUAAAUAAACGAAAGGCAAUUAGCACUUUGGCGCAUUUACAUUUUGCGCCUUCCCUGGAGCGUUCCGUGCAGCUCGACAACCGAAAUCCAGCUCUCACUGUCACCGGAGUCGUCCACGCACCUCGGGCUCUGCUGCGGGCGUCACUUUCUGCGUCUUUAAAGUUCCCGCCGUCGUGAAACCCAAUAAGAAGUCCGACCCAACCUUUAACUCGAACUCUGUUUUUGGAUAUUGCCGCGGCACUCUUGGCGGCGCUCGGCAGAACCCGAGGUGUUAUUGGAGGCGUAUCUAAAACAGUGAGCGCGACGGAGAGAGUGCAAUAGAGAGAGUGAGAAAGGCGACACGAAGGAGACCGUGGAGUAUAGUUUUAAAGAAGUCACCGCCCGGUGCCACUGACCCGCGCGCGGGCGGGCGGGCGAGGCGAGCAACAGCUGCGCCUGCCCUUAUCUCUGCGAGCCGGGCGACGCUCGCGAGCCUCAUUUGCUUUUGGGCGGCACUCCAGUCGGGCCGCCGCGGAGAUACAGUCGCGCGCGCGCGUGUGUCGGUUUGUGUUUGCGUUCGUCCAGUCGAAACAAAAAUAAAACCGGACAAGGUGUUUGUGAGUGAUCGGGCGUGAGGAUGGGCGUGCAGUCUCAUCUGCAGUCCCACGGUAUGCGCGGACCACCCAUCGCCAACUGGGAGGACGUCCCCUGGAGCACCUUCGGCCGGCCUGGUCAGGACGACGUACACGUCAAGGAGGUGGCGAUGGAGCGCCGCGACGUGGUGCUGCUGGCCGUGCUGGGCCUGGUGGCGCUGCUGCUGCUGCUGGGCGCCGGCGCCGCCGCGCUGUGGUGGGUGCGCCGCCGGCGGAAGCGCGAGGCGGACGAGGAGGCGGCCGCCAAGGAGCCCGUCAAGCAGCAGCGCAACAACGGCUUCCUCUCCCUCAAGACGCCGCUCAUCUCCACCAAGACGCUGGGGGAAACAGUUCUUCCCUGUGCCUUCCUGGGUCUCCCAAUGGGCAGAGCCCAGUUAGAGACGGCGGGUGCCCCCGGCAACAAGAGCCCUGCCGGCUCUGCGGCCGGGUCUACGUCCGCGGCGGGAGACCCGAAGGGCGGGGCGGCCGCGGGCGCGCAGGGGGGCCCAGGGGGAGCGCAGAACAAGCAGCUGCAGAAUGUCAAAGGAGACCACCCCUCGAUGGCGUUCCUGCAGUCGCGGUCCAUCUCCCUGGUGGACAUGUACAUCGACAACUCGGAGCCGUCAGAAAACGUCGGGCAGAUACACUUCAGCCUCGAAUACGACUUCCAGAACACGACCCUCAUCCUGCGGAUACUCACGGCCAAGGAGCUGCCCGCCAAGGAUAUGUCCGGCACGUCUGACCCGUACGUAAGGGUAACGCUGCUUCCGGACAAGAAGCACCGCCUGGAGACCAAGAUCAAGAGACGGACCCUCAACCCGCGGUGGAACGAGACCUUCUACUUCGAAGGCUUCCCCAUCCAAAAGCUCCAGAGUCGCGUCCUGCAUCUUCACGUCUUCGACUACGAUCGCUUCUCCAGGGAUGAUUCCAUCGGGGAGGUGUUCUUACCGCUCUGUCAGGUUGACCUGUCGGAGAAGCCGUCCUUCUGGAAGGCGCUCAAGCCCCCCGCCAAGGACAAGUGCGGAGAGCUGCUCACCUCGCUGUGUUACCACCCCAGCCAGAGCAUCCUCACACUUACUCUGCUCAAGGCCAAGAACCUCAAGGCCAAGGACAUCAACGGCAAGUCUGAUCCGUACGUCAAGGUGUGGCUCCAGUUUGGGGACAAGCGCAUCGAAAAGCGCAAGACCCCGAUUUUCAAGGUGACGCUGAACCCCGUUUUCAACGAGACCUUCUCCUUCAACGUGCCGUGGGAGAAGAUUAGAGAGUGCUCGCUCGACGUGAUGGUCAUGGACUUCGACAACAUCGGGCGGAACGAGCUCAUCGGCCGCAUCCUGCUCGCGGGCAAGAACGGGUCCGGCGCGACCGAGACCAAGCACUGGCAGGACAUGAUAACCAAGCCACGACAGACCAUCGUGCAGUGGCACCGCCUCAAGCCCGAGUGAGGCGCCGCGCCGGCCUUGCCGUUGCACGGCGCCAGUGACUCAGUGCGUGAGUGUUGUCGUGCCUCAGUCCCGUCUCCACUCCCUUGUGAUCACCGCCCUCUACCUGAUUCUUUGUCUGCGUAUAUCUAUCUUCCAGCGUCUCUCUGUUCCUUGUGGAACACGAUCCCUGAGUAACUUUUUAUCAAUUUUAUUGAGAAAUUUUGGCAAGUCCGGGCCCAACACUAUGCGUUGGAUGACUCGGGACUGAUUUUCCUUAGCUGAGUGGUUUUACGGCAGUAGUAUUGACUUUAGAUUUCGUUGUAGUGUCUUUGUUACGAGAGCCUCUCUGUGAAAACACUUAACGCGAGGACAUUGUUUCAUCAGGUUCUUGUGGUUUGUGUGAAAUUGUUUUUAAUGAAUGUCAUGGUGUGAUUAACGAUGAAAAUGAACAUUUCAUAAGUAUCAUCGAGAGUUUAUUCGCUAGGGAGGACCUCGUGAGAAUUACGAUUUAGGAGAGACUUUUUCAUCUUGUAUAAAUUAAAGUAUGGGUGGCUUCUGCUAAACUUCCCUUUAAGCUUUUUAUAAAGUCAACAUUGUUGCAAUGUAUUCAGUCAACUGUGUCCUCACAUGCUUUCAAUUUUUUACUACAUACGCUCUGUAAAAAAAAAAUAACCGGAGUUGGUGUUCCAAUGGUGCUCCUCUGUAGAUCAGUUAACCAGUUAACUUCUGUGAAACCAGCAGGCCUUCACAGUUUUAAAACUUCUUGUUUUAGAAUUUAGGUUUACAUCUCAAGAUAAACUGAAAACCGACGUGAGGCAAUCAGAAAACAUUUUUUGAUUGUUUUUCUAGAAAAAUCAAAAGCUGUAAUCAUUUUAUCUCCAUGUGCGCCGCUUUGUGUGUCCGAAGUUUUAGAUCUCUCAAAUACUCUGUCCCUUCUUUACUUUACUUUAAAACACUUUGACAAUCUUCUCUUCCCUGUACCUUACUUAGAACACUGACAUAUCGAAUGGGUGUGCUGUUACCCACGUCUUUGAAGUACAGCAAUUUUGUGCCCUUUUUGUUCUUUCUUCAUAGAAAUUUUCUUUCUGUCAUCCCAUUAUUCUUCUUUCCUCUGAAAAUGUCAGAAAUAUCACUUAACGCACAUUCAGCUGUAUAAGUAAAAUUAUAAGCUUUGUUUACAUCUUUCAAUUUUGAACUGAUAGUCUAAAGUACUGGCAUACUUAGCCACCUGUCAUCUAUAUACAAAACAAUUACUGCCUUAAGAUACAACGGUUUGUUUAUCUUAUAUGUUUCAUCCACAAUUAUUUGUUGAUUUCAAAGACGUUUUGUUGUCACCCCUUUUGUCUCUCAUCUCUCUUUCUCUCUGGUCUGUAUUAAGGCAGUAAGUUGGUGACUCUGGCAUGCUUAAAACUCAAAUCAUUAACGAGAAACGAUUGUGAUAAAUUUUUAACCCGGUCUGUUAUGAUUUAUUUUAACGAUAUGUCAUUGUCUUAGUAUUAUUCCUUUAUUUCAGGGACAAUUAUAAGUAUUAUCCCAGCAAACAUAAAGAUGUAAAACUUACGAAAUUUGUACUUAAUUGUUUUUACAAAGGGAAGGGUAGGGUCCAAGUUUUAGUCAUGUUCCACUUAGUAAAGCAGCCAUGUUUGUUACACGUGCUUGAAUCGGACUCGCAGGAGGACCCGCUGCCACCGCACAGAAUCACUCAUGAUGGGGGCUCAUGUCAAAAGUGGCUUCAGUGUGAUAGCCUGGAUGCUCUCCGUAUGGGCAUUCCAUUUGUUAAUCUGUGAAUUAGGGUUGUUUACUUUAGAAAUUAGAAUGUGUUGUUUUUUGUACGCAGCAUAGAAUCGGCUAAUCGGCAUGGAGUGUUUUUAUCGUUUUCGCAUGGAGUUUGAAUGGACAGUGAUUUUCCACGUUUCUAUGUUAUUAGGUAAAGAUAGAACACGUUUUCGAGGCAAGUGUGUCGCAUUUGUGAUUAGGUGUCUGUCUCUGUAAAAAAACAAGUUGGUUCUUUAGCCGUUGAUAGCCGAUAAAAAGCAGCGAAAUGUCGUUUAAAGCCUGCGGUUUUAGUUGUUUCCUCGACGCAGGUCUGCACAAGCUAAAAGCCCAGAGGACAAGCUGGAGGCACUCGACGGGGAGGUGAUGAAUGCCGUUGCACCCGCUGCUCUCUCUGCACGAAAGCAUUUGCUCCCCCUCCUCUUUAUCUCCUUCACCUUCUCGUACCUGUUUCCAUCCCCUCGCCUGACCCCAUUUCCUCGCAACCCUCCCCCCAGUCUCUCUCAACUCGUCCCUCCCCCACAUAUCCCCCCGCUCUAGUGCCCUCCCGCCCCUCCCUGUAUGUGUGUACGCUGUGACCUCUUCUCCCUCCCCCUCCCAGGAGAGUGACUCGUCCUGGGCAUAAGUAGCAUGAUUUGCUUGUAUCUAAUCGUGUACCCCGCGGUAAUCUGCCCGUUGGGAGUUUUUCUUGUGCCAAUUCCCGUUGUAACCCCCCUGACCCAGCAAUUUCUCCCCCAGAUUGCAUACGGUCCUUUUCAUUGUCUAAAGUAUUAUUGUACCGGAUUUAUGGUAAACAAUGUUGUUAAAAUGACGUAGUCAAUAAACUAACUCUGGUCGUCCAUACUGUGUGUUCUUUAGGAUGGCUUUGAGUUUGUAACUUGCUUUUCGUCACAUCGCACGAUGUGCAGGAUAGAAUCUUCAAAUUUAUUUUUCUAGUUCGAGGCGACCUCUGUUUCCCUCAAAUUAAAUUCCACACCUCCUGUUUUCUGUCGGCCGUACGCUGAACGCUCCCGGUCGGCUCAAAGCCCAUCUGCCAGGGCCGGGCAGCAAGAGAGGGCCGAAGGCUGAGCAGGCUGCCCGGCACUGGCUCACAGUAUGGAGUCACCAGUCAUGCUUCAUUCGUGUACAUAGAGUGAGCCUGUACCGUAGGGUAGCGCUAGUGUGUCAGGUGAAUAGCGCGGGGCGCGCGCGAGAGCGCCAGGGCGUCAGUGGGGUCGAAGCGGACGUGCCGAGCCGACUGCCGACCGCGCCGCGAAAAAGUGGUGGAGAAAAGUCUACCCACUGGACGCGAUCAAAGGGCAGGCCUUUCUGCUUCACUUAUUGCCUCUUAAGAUCCGCGCUCAGAGUUAUGUUUAAAACAUGUUCACGCGCAUUCCACGUUCGAUAUACGAUUUGUUCCGUGCGUGCCCCGCCAAAAAUGUGCAAAUCAAUUUAUUUUCAGAAGGUGUAAUCAACUUGUAAAUAGUGUACUUACACACAUUCGCGCAUGCGGUGAAUGUGUUUCAUAUACCAUUGUCUUGUAUAAAAGUAAUUUUUGAUGUGACUGACUGUUAAAUAUGUUAUGUAAAAUUAUUUGCGAAUAUUUCAAAAUGAAAAAAAAAAUCACUACCUACGGUAAGAAGCCCUCAGUUCUCUAGAGGUCACGAGAUUGUUCCGUGUAUUUGAAACCCGUUUAGUCACGCAGGCAGACAGAUCGCAUUAGUGGAUUAUUGUGUAUCACUAAUAAAGUGUCAUUAUUGUUAAACAUAGAUAAGUGAAAGCAUAAAAAAUAUAGACAGUACUUGUAUUUUUGCAAAGUAAAAUGAAAUACAUCAUUCUAGUUACAUUUUCAUUAUUUUUUAUAUAUAAUUUUACAUUGCCAAUCCCAUGCGUCUGUUUUAGUUGGAGUUACAACGCCUUGCUUUUGUGUGAGAAUUACAACAAUUAUAACGUAAAGAUGUGCAUGUAAUUUAAAACACAAAUGUGUAAAGAAAAUCCCCUAUCGUCAUUUCUCAGAUUGACAAAAUGUGUAUAACAGACGGAAAUAGUGUAUUUGUGAGUCCCAUAUGCGGAUCUCGGAGUAUCUUCUUGCCAGCUUAAAUCGUUGUGUUAGGCCUUGUGGUGUUACAUGUAUCAGCAGUUUUGUAAAGUAAACCAGGAAAUUAUUUGUGCUAUCGGAAAGCAUUAUCAAUCACUCUUUUUAUGAUGAAUAAUUAUUCAAGACUGUUGCAAACUUGAAAAAGAUAUCAUGAACAGUGUACUUAUGAUUUGAUGGAUUAAAAUAAACUAGCCUGAGCGGCGAUGAGUGGAAGCUAA